AUGCUAGAGCAGCAUUUAAUUAGAGUUAAUCACGAAAUACGCAGGCUUGCUGCUCACCGACCUCCUGCUGCUCCGCUGCAAGACACAAGAACUCUGCUGCUGCAGCUGCAGCAAGAAGCAAAAGAAAAGAAAAACCAUAAGCUGCGGACUCAGCAGCAGCCGCUGCAGCAGCAGCAGCAGGAAGAUCUGCUGCAGCAGCACCAGAUGCACCAGCAGCAGCGGGAAGACCUGAUGCAGCAGCACCAGCAGUACCAGCAGCAGCAGGGAGAGCAGCUGCAGCAGCACAAGCAGCACCAGCAGCAGCAGGAAGAGCAGCUGCAGCAGCAGCAGCAGCAGGAAGAGCAGCUGCAGCAGCAGCAGCAGAUGCAGCAAACGCAGCAGCAGCAAAACGAUGAAGGAGAUUCUUUAAAUUCCAGUGAGAAGAUACACUCCCCUCAACACAGCAGCAGCAGCAGCAGCAGCAACAGCAACAGCAACAGCAGCAGCAGAAGCAGCAACAGCAGCAGCAGCCACAAUAGGAAUUACUCUGCUGCUUCUUUUGCUUUUGCUGCAGCAGCUGCCUCGCUGAAGCCCUCGGAUAUACCUGAAACACACAACCGAGGGGAUGCAGCAGCAGAUACAGCAGCAGCAGCAGCAACAGCAGCAGCAGCAACAGCAACAGCUACUGCAGCAGCCACGGCAGUAGCAACAGCAGCAGCAACAGCAACAACAACAGUAGCAAGGGCAGCAGCAACAACUGCAGCGGCAACAGCAGCAGCAGCAAAAGCAGCAGCAGCAACAGCAACGGUAGCAACAGCAACUGCAGCAGCAGCGACGGCAACAGCAGCAGCAGCUUCUGCAGCACCAGACAGCUCAGCUCGAAAGAAGAGCGUGCAACCCUCUGACCCGUCUCCGGCUGCUGUUGCUGCUGCUGCUUCUGCUGCUCGUCCUGCUGCUGCUACGGAUGGCGAGUCUGCUGCUGCUGCUGCUGCUGUUUCUGCUGAUGAUGCAGCAGCUGCGUAUUCUGCUGCAGCAGUCAGAAAUGUUGUUGCUGCUGUUACCUCAAGAGCUGCUGCUGCUGCUGCAGCUGCAGCGCUUCUCCGUGGCGGUGUGCUAAACUCCGAGGCAGCAGCAGCAGCAGCAGCAGCAGCACUGCUUGUCAAGGCAGCAGUAGACGCUGCAGUUGCUUCCAGGCAGCAGAAGCAGCAGCAGCAGCAAAGCAGCAACCUAACGCUCUCACUACAUCUACAGAAAGCUGAACAGCAGCAGCAGCAGCAGCAGCAGCAGCAACAGCAGCAAAAGGAAAGGCGUCGCAGCCGCAAUCGCGGCGUUCAUUUUUGUGAAGGGUCGCAGGAAUGCAGCAGCAGCACAGGGCCUGCAGCAGCAGCAUCAGCAGCAGCAGCAGCAGCAUGGGAUGAAGACAGCGGAAUGUCGGAGCGCAGCAGAAGCAGCAGCAGCAGGAGCAGCAGCUGCAGCAGCAGCAGCAGCAAACUGAGGAUGCUGAGAGCAGCAAAACGAAUAUCAUCAUUGGCUAUUGCGGGGCCUGUAAGGCGCAGCAAGUUGUUUACAGGGCUGCCUGUGCGCAGCAGCAGCAGCAACAGCAGCAGCAGCAGCAGCAGCAGCAGCAGCAGUAGCAGCGACAGCAGCAGCGACUCAGAGGGCUCUGUUUACGAUAUUUAUGAAUAUGACGUCAAGCAGAGGCUGCAAGUUGCCGCUGCUGCUGCUGCUCAACUGCAGCAGCAGCACCAGCAGCAGCACCAGCAGCAGCACCAGCAGCAGCAGCACCAGCAGCAGCAGCAGCAGCAGCAGGCGAGGGCCUCCGUUGCAAAGAGACAGAGUUCUGUCUUUGCUUCAUUUUCACCCGUACAUCGUUUGGGCAGCAGGCGAUGCAGCAAACCCAUCAGCAGCAGCAGCAACAGCAGCAGCAGCAACAGCAACAGCAGCAGCAGCAGAUUGUCUCGUAAUGCAUCUUUUAUUUCUUCUGCAGACAGAUGGACAGAGAGAAGAGGCACCGAAAGAAUUUCUGUUCCUGCUUCGAUUCUCAUUUGCGGCAGUGUGCAACCCUAA